AUGAGCGCACAGAAGCGCUCAAGUUCCUGUUUAGGCGAUCUCACCAUCAUCGUCGCUUUGCCCAGUGGUCGCACUACGGAAGUUUCGGUUUCACAAAGUGCAACGGUGGCGGAUCUGCGAGCUACAGCAGUACGUGCUCUACAGCUAGGCGCUGUGAGAAUUAUUUCAGCAGAUGGCACCGUCUUGGACCCGACACUUCCAAUUGACAGAGCAGGACUUCAAAGUGGUGACACUGUGACAGCUGUCGCCCUACCACCAGCAAAGCUGGCUGCAACAUAUGGCGCAUUUGCCUUCUGGUCCUCGGGUACAUCUACUAACUUGACCGCCUGGGGUGACCGAGAGUGCGGAGGCAACUUGAGAAGAGUCAAGAAUAGUCUAGUGGACGUGCAAGAAGUGCAGUCUUCCAGCAGUGCCUUUGCUGCCAUUCUGGCAAAUGGCAAGGUGGUCGCAUGGGGAGAUUUCGAAGGUGGUGGUGAGAUGACCCAAGGAGUCAAGAGGAAGCUCCAGAAUGUACAGCAUUUGCAAUCAACGCACAGUGCUUUUGCUGCAAUCCUCGAAGAUGGAAGUGUCGUCACCUGGGGUGACAAAAGAGCAGGUGGAAACUCCAGUUCAGUUAAAAAGCGCUUGAAGAACGUUCAACAAAUUCAGGCAACUGAAUGGGCCUUCGCUGCAAUCAUUUCUGAUGGAAGCGUCGUGACGUGGGGCGACCGCCGAGACGGCGGAAACAGCAGCAAGGUACAACGCCAGCUCAAAGAUGUGAGGCAAAUUCAGUCUACCGAAGCCGCAUUUUGCGCCAUACGCAACGACGGGAGUGUGGUUGCUUGGGGACUCGCUGAUUAUGGAGGUGACAUUAGCAAAGCUCAGGACAAGCUCAAGAACGUGCAACAUGUGCAGUCAACAGAACUGGCAUUUGCUGCCAUCCUGGCAGACGGAAGUGUUGUCGCUUGGGGUCAUCGAGAGUACGGAGGCGACUGCGCUGCAGUUCAAGAUCAGUUGGUGAGAGUGAAACAUAUUCAAGGCUCAGCCUAUGCCUUCGCUGCUAUUCUUGAGAGUGGAAGAGUGGUUACCUGGGGGCAUCCGGGGUAUGGCGGUGAUAGCAGCUCUGUCAACGAUCUCCUGUCCGAUGUUACACAUCCUGUGACACACGUUCAGGCCUCGGAGAGAGCCUUCGCAGCUAUCCGUACAGAUGGCCAGGUUGUUGCCUGGGGUCAUGCUGAAUAUGGCGGCGAUGCUAGUGGGGUCCAGAAUCAGCUUCAGAAUGUGCAGCACAUUGCUGCGAGCAAAGGCGCUUUUGCUGGAAUCCGUUCCGAUGGAAAAGUAGUGACCUGGGGUGGUUCCGGAUACGGUGGUGACAGUAGCAAAGUGCAAGAUCGUCUCAGAGACGUGACGCAGAUCAAAGCUUCUGAUUGUGGUUUUACAGCCAUUGUGCCAGAUGCGGAGCCAGUCACCUGGGGUGUCACGGAUGGAGAUGGCAUCUUCAGUGACUUCGAUUCUCAGAUAGGAGAGUCGGAAGAGUCCGGUGAAAACUACGAAAGUGAAUUUGAUGACAGAUAA